UGAGAGAAAGAAAACCCACCGCUUUCUACAGCAGCAAUGAUUUCAAUUGUUUCCAGCUAUCGAAUCCUCGAUGAUGAAGAGGAAGGCUAGAGCGUAGUUGUCCCGCAUCGUCUGUUAGAAGAUGCUACACAAUUCUAGCCCUCACUCGAUGCGUGGCCAUGGCCAACAACUGCCGCUUAUCCCCGACGAAACCGCUAUGACCUCGCAACCUCUUACUCAAGCUUCUCCGGAUCGAAUACAUUCUAGGAAUCCCCCACAGUCCGGAUGCCACAGUCGUGACGUCUCUACGGUUCGAGGCAGGCCCGUCGAUUCCACUGGACUUGGCGUCCCUUCACUACAGCCACAGCCCCAGAUUAGAUCUCAGUCAACAUCGAAAAGCCCAGAACCUGGUGCCGCUCGUUCGGGGUCCGCCGCUGAUGGGGAUAUAGUGGAAAAACGGCCGCAGAAUUCGUAUGGUCAUCACCGUCAGGCGUCAGUCGUGCAUGGGAGCAUACAGCAUACCCGAAAUCCGAGCCUUGCACCUCCAUCCACUACGAUGUCGUCGGGCAAUUAUGGCGUUACGACAACCGCAGAAUCGAAAUUAAAUGGUAAGCGAGAAAACAGUCCCCUGUCUACCGUACAAGAUGCAGGCAACGUCGAUUUGGGCAGUGAGCAGGGUUUGCAUCGAAAGGGCACCCAGUCGGGAAAGUCAAGGCGGGAACAUGCCCGUCAUCUGUCUCACUCAAAAAGCGGUGCUCAUGAGGCGAGAACGGUUGAAGAAUAUGCUCUUCACCACCUCUUCAACUCGUUUGUUGGACUGGCAGACGAGAAGAUUAAUCACUGUAUUAUGAGUAUGACCGAACUGGAUACGCCGGUCGAACGUAUUUGUGGCCCCGGUGCAGAUCCUGCAUUCGAUCAGCUCAUUUCUGCACUCGGUCACAUAGCAAGGCAAAAGCCGAAGCCACUGAUAGAUACAAUUAUGGUUUGGAGGAAAUCCAAGGGCGAGGCGGCGGCGCUUGCGAAACAAACGAUAGUUCAACCGAAAUCGUUGCCCGCGCCGGCCCCUAUGCACCGUCGUAACACUGAGCCCACACAGCCAGGGUCCGAGUUUGCUGAUAAUGCCUCUAUACCUACCGCUUCAACCAUCCCAGCGACUCCGCGCCAGGAAGAUAUCGUGCUUGCCGAACGGCGAGCCACUGUAUCUGUUUACCUCGUCUGCCGGGUUCUAAUUGAAAUAUUCAACCAAAGCACAAUAGACGCUAUCACCCGUGAGAUGGCCGAUCGCCUUGAAGAUAUAGUGUUUGGACAAUUGAAGACUGUCGACCCCGAUCAGAUUGCAGCAUCUCCACUUCGAAUAGCAAACUGGCGUAUCUAUAGCCAGCUUCUUGGAAUCAUGAGCGAAAACAAUUUUGCUAGCGUGACAAUUCGAUUUCUCACCGAACUUAACCAAUACCAAAAGGAAGAAGGGCGCAUGUUGUCAAUGAAAGACUCAGAGGCUCGAGCUGAACUCCUCAUAUACGGAAUGAGACACUUGCGACUUCAAACAUAUCCAGAGGAGGCCUGGGACAGAACUUGUGAUUUCCUCUUCUCGCUCGCAAAACUUAUUGUCGAUGCCCAUGGUCAACGGCUAAAACAGGCAUAUUGUCAGAUGCUGGAAAUAUUCCUUUUGCCAAUCGCAGCUAACCCCAGUUGCAGUUUAUCUUCGCCGAAAUGGAAAGAAUUUCUAGACCUCAUUGGACCACGGAUGGCGCAGAUACUGGUAAAGCCGCGCCACUGGAACACUGCUUUUCCGCUCCAUACCUUGCUCUUAUGUGCAUCCCCAAGAGAAAUGUUUCUGUCUCAAUGGAUGUCUGUCAUCCACAGCCUCCCUCCAAAGUUGAAAGAUCGACCAAGUCGGACGACUGCGCUUCAGGCAAUCUGCCGCCUUCUGUGGACCUACCUAUAUCGCCACUCAGACCCUCUCAGCAAUCCUCUUCGUAAAAUCGAAGAUAUAAUUCGGAUUGCGAUACCGACUGGUAAAAGGACGUACAUAACCUCUGACCCUGCUGUGGUUGAUCCUAUCACGCAGCUUGUUCGCGUAAUCGGAUUCAGACACCCUGAUUUAUGUUUUAAAAUGAUAAUAUUCCCCUUGGUUAAUUCCGAUUUAUUCAUGUCUGGGAAAGAACUGAGGAUCGAACAGAUGGAGCCGGAGAAAAUGGUCAUCGGGAUCCGUGCUUUUCUGGCCAUCAUCGUCGAUCUAGAUAAUGAAGCUCAGCACCCGCCGCCAUUCCCGCAGAAUUUUGGUGGGCCCGAGACAUCUCAUUCACCGUUUCCCGAGCGGAGCGUUUGCCAACCGUCCCUCGACUACGUGCGCUACACGUGCCGCCCCGUUAAUUCCUCAAAGUUGAAUGAUAGCACGCGGAAAUGUUACUUUAGGUUCUGCGAGGUGCUUGGGAAAUUAACGAUCCUAUGUGACAAUACCUUUGGUGGGCAAGCAGCACUCGAUGAAAAGUUUGGAGGAGUUACACCCAAAACGCCCAUUGCGGAUCACUUUAGCUUUGGAAGACGGGAGGAUCAUGCGACUGCCGUGGAUCAAAAACAAGCAUUUUAUGAUCUUCUUCAUGUCGCUGUUCAGGCACUUCCACGUUGUCUUUCCGACCACAUUCCUUUCAAUUCCCUUAUCAACCUGUUGUGUACCGGAACAGCGCAUGUUCAGUCUAACAUUGCAGCAUCUUCCGCAGAAUCCCUCAAGUCUAUCGCCCGCCAGUCUCAUGCACAGCAUGUUGCCAUUGGAUUUGCCCGUUUUAUUUUCAACUUUGAUGCCCGGUAUUCGACUAUGUCUGAUGAAGGAAUGCUGGGCCCUGGGCAUAUUGAAUCGACUUUGAAGUUGUACGUGGAGCUAAUCCGAAUUUGGAUCGAAGAAAUCAGACAAAAAACCAAAGAAGUAUCGGCUGAGCACCCCGAUAAAAGUGCUUCGGGGAGCAGAGGACUGCAACUCGACCUUUCGAGCGUGUUAGCCCACGUAGAGGAGAUUGAAUCCCACGGGCUCUUCUUUUUAUGUUCGCAGUCAAGGCGGGUUCGAGCCUUUGCAAUCACUGUGCUUCGGCUUGUCACUGAGUUUGAUAAUGCACUCGGCAAGAAAAAUACUAGAAUUAUCAAAUUUCUUGAAGAGGACUCGGAAAAGAUCUUAGAUUUGAAAGAUGAUCUUCUGACUGUGGCUGAAAGGAGUAGAUUACAAAAGGGGAAGCAAAGCAAAGGUUCACAAAACACGUUGAUUGAGCUUUGCAGCAGCGAAGUGUCGUAUGACUCGACACUUUGGUUAAAAGUCUUUCCGAAUCUGGUUCGAUUCAGCUUUGCUACAUGUCCGUUUGCGGUCACCUUGGGCCGUGAAAUCGUCUGCGCAAGGCUGGUUCAAAUGCACAAGUAUAUCACAGCGAUUGCAGAGGGAUCGCAAACUCUGCAGUACGGAUCGCUGGAUUACAUUGCUACCCGUCAAGUUGCAAGAAGCCCUAGUAUAUCUCCGGAAGUCACGAUCGAACAGUGGAAGCUAUAUCUUAUCAUGGCAUGUACUACACUCAACAGCGCUGGUGCUCAGUCACAGAGCCAGCUUGCCAAUGCUCAACAUGCCCGAAAGACAUCUAAAGGAGGGCAACAAUCCCACGAUAAAAUAAGUUCAGCAAGAUCGUUGUUUGCAUUUGUGAUUCCACUACUCUCUGCUAGUCAUGAUUCGAUCCGCAGUGCAAUCGUUGUCGCUCUUGGAUCCAUCAACAUCAAUCUCUAUAGAACGCUCCUAGAGUCGCUACAAUACGCCGUGACGACCUGUAACGAGGAAGCUCGAGUGCGUAUCGGAAGCCAUCACCGCUCACCUAGCAGCCCUAGGAGAAAUAGGCAGACAGAUCGUCUUCGAACAGAAGUGACGAACGUAUACAAGGCUACUUCGCACUUCUUAAAGGAACCCCAGGUGUACAAUGACGAUUGGAUCCUAAACAAUAUUGUUACCUAUACGAGGGAUUUGCGGAUAUUCCUCAGCGAUGUGGAGGUCCAAAGUGAUUUGGGCUUCCAGAGCCUCCGCUUUCACUACUGUGGUCUAAUGGAACAGUUAUUCGAGGGUAUCAAACGGUCAAAGGACCCACUUCGCUGGAUGCCGUUCGAAUCCAGGAAAUCUGCAUUUGCACUCAUGGAGGAUUGGUGUGGAUAUUCCCCAAAUCAACCUGAGAUCAACGUAAGAGAAGAAAACGUGCGUAAAUUAGCGCUAGCAAGGCAAAUGGAUCACGGUGAAGUCCGAAGCACCGCCGCUAUGGAGAUAGAAAAGAGAAACCUGAGAACUGCUGCAUUGAGCGCAAUGGCCUCACUCUGCGGCGGUCCAAUUCGGAUCAUGACCGAAAGCAAAGCCUUUCUUCAAUUUGAUGUCAGGAGAAUGCUUGCCUGGAUCGACAUUAUAUUGAAGACUGUGAGCGAUAAGCUUCACGCCAUCGGUCGGCGAGCGCUUAAGAACCUAGUGGUCCAUAACAAAGAGCUCCCUUACCUGUUAGAACAGUGCAUAGAAAUGUGCUAUCUAUCAGAACGGCCAAAGGCUCUGGAAAGCUACUUUGAAGUGUUUUCAGAGGUCCUGAUUGAGCACAUCGACUACCCCGUGGCGUUUUGGAGGGUUCUGGGUGCUGUCCUUUUUACCCUCGGAAAUGCUAAGCGAGAAAUUCGAAUGAAAUCCGCUCGUUUGUUGAGGACGAUUGAAGAGCGGCAACAGAAGAACUCGAGAUUACAAGAUUUCGAUAUCAGUAUUUCUGACAAAACCACUGCGGUUUACAAAUUGGCUCAGUUCGAAACAUCAAAACGCCUGGCCCAGCAACACUCCGACCUAGCGUUUGUUAUCUUCUCGGAGUUCUCGUUGCACUUUAGGAAUAUCCGACCUGACACUCAGCGGAAUAUGGUUGCUGCUAUUUUGCCCUGGAUUCAAGUGAUAGAGCUUCAACUGGACCCGAAUGGCGGUCCAACGGGGAAGUCUUACAUGCUUCUGGCUAAUCUUUUUGAGAUUACCAUCCAGUCAGGCAAUACUCUACCAAAUGAGGUUCAGGCCCUAUGGCAAGCCCUUGCAACAGGGCCCCAUGGUGGCAAUGUCCAGCUUGUGCUCGAUUUUGUCAUUAACCUUUGCCUCGAGCGCAAAGAGCAGAAUUUUGUGGAUUAUGCAAAGCAAAUCGUGGUCUUUUUGGCGUCUACUCCCGCAGGAUCCAAAGUGAUCGACUUUUUCCUGAUGCAGAUUACCCCGAAGAAUAUGGUGCAUGAGCGCAAAGAACCCCUGGCAGCACCUCCCGAAGUGACCCAUCUACCAUAUGUUGCAGAUCUGGGCACGAUAUUACCCGUUGGCAACAAGCAGGCUGGAUUAUCACUAGGGCAGGUAUCCAUGAUAUUCCUUGUUGACCUCAUGGUUGCUCCCGUUACACUUGGGUUUGAAAAUGUUAUCAAACUUGUUCAUGUGGCACUCAUCUUCUGGGAUCACUAUACCUUAACAGUUCAAGAACAGGCUCGUGAGAUGCUGGUACACUUGAUUCACGAGCUUGUGGCGUCAAAACUCGACAACGAUUCCCACGAUAAAAAGAGACAAGACAUUGAAGAUUUAGUUGAGAAUAUCCGCCAAGGCGAUUCCACUGUGAUCUGGGAUUAUGAUGAUAACAACGGAAAGGAGGAAGAUCAGGACGGCAGCCGUGUUCCGUCGGCCAUGUUGCAUGUUACUCAUAGUGUCGCGGACAUGUUUUCCGUCGUUUACGAUAAUGUGAGCGAUAUAUGUUCCCGGGAAGCGCUGAACUGGGCUACUUCAUGUCCUGUGAGACAUCUUGCGUGCAGGUCUUUCCAAGUGUUCAGGUGUAUCUCUACAUCUUUGGAUUCAAAGAUGCUGGCCGAUAUGCUAGCCCGACUGUCGAAUACGAUUGCAGAGGAAGAGACCGAUUAUCAAACCUUUUCAAUGGAGAUUUUGACUACGUUGAAAAUUAUCAUUGGCUCUUUGGCACCUCAAGAUCUCAUGAGGUAUCCUCAACUGUUUUGGACUACUUGUGCCUGCUUGAACACUAUCCACGAACGCGAAUUCGUUGAGAGCAUGGCGAUGCUUGAAACAUACAUAGAUAAGAUUAACUUAUCGGAUGAGAUGAUUCUUACGAAAUUGAAAGAGAGCAAGCCACCGAAGUGGGAAGGAGAUUUCGAAGGCCUUCAAGCUCUGAUCUACAAGGGGCUUAAGUCAUCUGACUCCCUAGAGAAGACUCUCCGUCUUCUGCACAGAUUAACGACGCUGCCAAAUAGCGACCUUAUGGGUGAUGGCAAUCGGCUUCUCUUUGCGGUCUGGGCCAACCUACCUGGCUUCCUUCACCAAUACGACCACCUAAACAAUUCUGGCGAGGUGCAAGGGCGCGCAAAGUUGCUUGCGACUGUUGCAAAGAAUCAAGGAUGCGCUCAACUUGCAGACUGCCUUUUUGGAUUGGUGAAGUGCAAGUAUCAGACCAGUCAGAAGUUCCUUAAUGAUAUGGUUAGUUCGAUCUCGGCAUAUUAUUUCCCUAACCAGGAUGUGCAGAGUCUGGUGUUUAUGAUGGGCCUCUUGACGAAUAACACUCGAUGGUUUCGUAUACAUACCAUGAGAAUUCUCAGCACACUCAUUUCCAGGAUCGAUAUGCGUCGUUCUGAUAUUGCGUGCCAUGGUCCCGACCUGAUCUCCCCUCUUUUGCGGCUCCUUCAUACAGAUUUGUGCCCCCAGGCGCUUGAGGUCCUGGACCAUAUCAUGACUGUUUCUGGCAACCCUAUGGAACGGCACCACCUGCGAAUGAGCAUGGCAUCGUCAUCUUCGUCCAGGGCAAUCAGGAAGGAAUUUGAGCGCAUUCAGAGCUUGUAUGGAAUCCCCGAGCCGACUGGCUGGUCCAUCGCUGUUCCGGCUGCGCAGUCAGCCCUCACGAGGAAUAACGUGCAUGCUGUAUUUUACACUUGUGCAGAGGCCGAGGAGGUCGAGGGCCAGCCUGCUGCAACCCCGGAGAUGGAGUUCCAGAUUGAAGACUAUGGCGAUUCAUAUUUCCCAACUAUUCGUGCAGACACCAUGAAGUCAUUUGACAUGCAAAAUGAGAACAUGGGGGAUCUGUUGCAGAAGUUAGACAGUCUGGAUGACUUCUUCGAAGAAAGUGAAUUAGGCUCCAUAACUUCGAUUGGUGGUUCAACGCUGCGGAGUUUCGCUGCGGGCGACUUCCAGGAUGCCAGCGCCCACCUGUACGAUCAGCAAACAGCUCCACUGUUGCGGAAAUCUUUGGCUAGAACUGCGUCCUCUUCAUCGUUCCAGAAUGGCCUUGCUGAGUCCAGACCGUCAACCGCCCAACGCAUGGAACCAGCGCAGCUGCACUCUUCCCCUCUUGCAAUUUCCACAAGCGCGCCGACCAUUGUGCCUCCACGGUCUUCUCUGCAUAUGCGAUCAGUGACGUCUCCAAAUAACUAUUUUCCGUCGAUAAAUACAUCCUCUUCGAGCCUUCCGCCCAUGCCGCAAGGCAGCGAUGCCAAGUCGCCGUAUACGCCCGACGAUUAUUUUGAAGACGCGCUCUCCGACUCAGACGACCGCCUGAGCAUGAAUCAUCCGUCGUCGGCCAGUCCGCGGGUUGGACCGGAAGGUCCGUUCUCGCUUGAAGCUGUAAUUCGGAGCAGCGUGCGGCGACUCACCGGCGGUAACGCAGUGGGCCGGGAUAGAGAGCGGCAGAGAGAACUGUUGAGGGCUCAACAUCGCGCACUGGCUAACUCACCGCGAGUCCCAAAGGUUCCUCCAGAAUACCUUGUUGGGAGCGGCAGUAUGCCAACAUCGCCUGGCCGGCAAGGCCAGUAG